UCGGUCCUAGCACCACCACUGUCUAUUCAGGAUCUGACAAAUGUAGUGUGCAAAGAAAAUGCAAUAGUGAUGUUGUUAAGAUGAAAACCAGUGUUGUAUUUUUUGUAUUUAAUAUUUCCACCUUUUAAUCUGUGUAGAAAUGAAGGAAACUUCUUUUUUGUGGGUUUCUUAUUUCACAACAUAAUCUAAAGCAUUAUUUUCAAUUAAUAAUGCUUUUCUCGGUUUUGGGAUUUGCAAAUUACAUGGGAAGAAAUACGAGAUUUUCUCGAUAUUUUAAUGGAGGUUAAGUGAAAAGGGUCACUGUCUUGAUCACUGCCUAGAUACAUUUACUAAUAUUAGAAGGAUAUCUUGAUUUGCCCCAGCUUCUCUGGUGAUUCUUAAGCACGUGGCUGAAGGCCGCCCAAUAGGAAUGCAGGAUUACCUUUCCCCUCUGUAGCAACAGCGACCUUUCCUGCACUCCUUCAUUAAUUAUUUCUGUGGUCUCUCUUUGCUGGUUUGGUGUUGCAGACAGCAAGCAAAGGGCUCAGAUUCAGACGGAAUAAAAGAGUAGCUGGAGAGAGGAUGCUCCCGGCGUCUGUUAGCUCGCCAGCUGCCUCCACACAAAAAAAAAGAGGCUCAGUAUUCUUCCGUUUGGGACGGCGACUAUGACUAAUCUUUUCUUUUUUUCGCACACUUUUUCACACUUGGAAUACACUUAUCAUUCUUAGGACUUAAACACAACUGCGUAGAAGUAUGACUACUGCUGCAAACUGGCAUCCUGAUACUUUUUAUGAGACGGAAAAGGAGGAUAUUUAAUUUUUUUGGCAGCGGAUGAGAGGGUGGUGUGCAGGAGAAGAUGGGGGCGGGAGCUUGCAGGGUGGGGGGUUGUUUGGGUGGUGUGAGGAUUGCGGGCUGUGGUUGGGUAUGCCCGUAUCCACGUUGGCAGAGCUGCUGUUCGCACAGAGAAUGUGGAAUUGAGAGCCUGGUGUGCCUGUUCAGUUCCCCGGGCCAAAGGUGGGGUUAUGCUGCGUUGAAAAGGAGCUGCCAACAGGACAAGACCGGCCUUUUCAGACGUGUGUUCAGGACUCCUCUUUUCCUUUUUUUUUCUUUUUCUUUUUUUUGUUUCCUGCUUAAACGAGCAUGUUUCCAUUUCUGUCUCUCUGCUCCAUCAUUUGGUUGAACCGGGGUUUCAAGCUGAGGAAAGUCCUUUGCGUUGCCAACACUGGCCAGAUCUAAACUAGUUGCUUCCUGCUAGCCGCCCGCCCUGCCUCAGCACCGGCCACAAUGCUCCUGAGCUUCGGCUGAUAGGAAAACACCGCCAGACUGCAUCACCAUCACCUACAGCUCAAGAGCUCGGGCUCCUGUGGCUCCUGUGCCUUUGCCAUUGUUUUGUCACGUUGGUUGUUUUGAUAAGUUGUUGUAUUUAACAAACGCAAGCAAGCCCACACGGUGAAAACAAAAUGGAGGCAGAUGGGAUCCAGUACCGUUGUCUGUACAUGUACAAGAAAGAGCGGGAAGAAGACAUUGAGCUGGAGCCCGGUGACAUCCUGACUGUGGACAAGGCCUCUCUGCUGUCGCUCGGCGUCCAAGAGGGCGAUGAACAGCAUCCCGAGGGGAUCGGCUGGAUCCUGGGGUACAACGAGCGCACCAAGCAGAGAGGGGAUUUCCCCGGGACCUAUGUGCAGUACGACGGACCUGUGAAGGUGACUCUGCCCCCCAGCCAUCCACGCUCCCAGAGGCCUCUCCCACCUGCCCCCACACCUGAGCCACACCACACACCACCAGCGCCCCCUACACAAGACUUGACUGGACAGUUUGCACCUCCAGACAUUGCUCCUCCCAUUCUAAUAAAGCUGGUGGAAGCCAUCGAAAGGACAGGUUUGGACUGCAAGACACUGUACAGGACUUCAACUUCUUCGACCCCCGACAGCCAGUCCGCUCCUACGGCCAGCCUCACCAGUGAGUCGCUGGAGUUGGACAUGGGACAGUGGGACACGGGUGCUCUCUGUGACUCUACACUCUCUGUCCCUGCAGAGUCGCUGGAGUUGGACAUGGGGCAGUGGGACACGGAUGCUCUCUCGGCGGCUGUGAUUCGGUACCUGCAGGAGCUUCCGUCCCCGGUCGUGCCCUCGGCGGUCCACGCUGAGCUUCUGGCAGCGGUGCAGCCUGGAGCAGACACCGCUUCAGCAGAGGGGAGGGGGCCAUUGAGGGAGGUUUUGGGAGGCCCAUCGGUCCCCCUGCAGAACCGCUUGACUCUGCACUAUCUGCUCCGGCACCUGGAGAAGGUUGGCCAGUUCUCCGAAAGCAACGGUCUAGGUCCUCACACGCUUGGCCAGAUCUUCGGCCCUCUGCUCAUCAGAGGUUCAGACAUUCUGCCGGACACAGACCCAGAACUCUUUGCACUGGUGCUGGAGAGACUUCUUUUGGAGGGAGUUUGGGAGCAGGAGCCACUUCCCCCAGCUCUUCCCCCCAAACCUGCCAAAGCCAAAAGUGCCUCUACCCCUGUUGUAAAUGGAAACAACAUUUCUUUAGGUGAUGCCGAAUGGUACUGGGGAGACAUCUCCAGGGAGGAGGUGAACGACACGAUGAGAGACACUCCUGAUGGUACGUUUUUAGUUCGAGAUGCAUCGAGCAAAGUGAAAGGAGAAUACACGCUUACCCUAAGGAAAGGGGGAAACAAUAAGCUGAUCAAGAUAUUCCACCGAGCAGGGAAGUACGGCUUUUCUGAGCCACUCACCUUCAACUCAGUGGGGGAACUCAUCAACCACUAUCGCCACGAGUCUCUAGCUCAGUACAAUGCCAAACUGGAUUCACGGCUGCUAUUUCCCAUAUCAAAAUACCAGCAGGAGCAGUUAGUGAAGGAGGACAGCGUGGAGGCCGUGGGCGAGCAGCUGAAGGUGUAUCAUGAGCAGUAUCAGGAGAAGAGCCGCGAGUACGACGGGCUGUAUGAGGAAUACACACGCACCUCACAGGAGCUUCAGAUGAAGCGCACAGCCAUUGAGGCCUUCAACGAAACCAUCAAAAUCUUUGAGGAACAGUGUGAGACUCAAGAGCGCUUUAGCAGAGAGACCAUCGAGAAGCUGAAGUGUGAGGGCAACGACAAGGAGAUCCAAAGAAUUCAGAGCAACUCUGAAAAGCUGAAGUCACGAGUGACGGAGAUUCACGAGAGCAAGAAGAAGAUGGAGCAGGACCUGAAGCUACAGGCGACGGACAACCGAGAGAUUGACAAGAAGAUGAACAGCCUGAAGCCUGACCUGAUGCAGCUGAGGAAGCUGAGGGACCAGUACCUGGUUUGGCUCACGCAGAAAGGUGCGAGACAGAGGAGGAUCAACGAGUGGCUUGGGAUCAAGAAUGAAACUGAGGACUUUUACUCAUUGGUGGAUGACGAGGAGGACCAGCCUCACCAGGACGAGCGCACCUGGUAUGUGGGCAACAUCAAGCGCUCGCAUGCCGAGGAGCUGCUGCGGGACAAAUGUGACGGAACCUUUCUGAUCCGCGAGAGUCAAACGCAGAAGGGCUCGCUCGCUUGCUCAGUUGUGAUGGAUGGCGAGGUGAAGCACUGCGUGAUUUUCAAGACCGCCACAGGCUAUGGGUUCGCAGAGCCUUACAACCUUUACAGCUCCCUCCGAACCUUGGUGCUUCACUACCGGCACACCUCCCUUGUCCAGCACAACGACUCGCUGAAUGUAACCCUCGCCUACCCGGUGCUUGCUCAGCAGCCAAGAUGAACGCGGUACCCAGCAGCUGUGGAGAUGGCCCACAUCAUUCACCAGUUCUAGUUGUAGCAAAAUCUCUUGUUUAUGUUAGAAGAAGAAGAAAAAAAAAGUGACAAAGCACAAAAAAGCUGAUAUAGGUUAUCUGUAGACAGAAAGAGAGAGUGAAAGAAUGUGAAGAUAAAUGUGUGGCUUUUAUUCCAGCCCAACGUGUUCUAUAUUAGACAAAAUCAGCCACAGCUGCAAGUGUCCUGGCUGAGGUACUCUGUUGUGUCAUAGAAAAUACAGUUGCAGGCAUUUGUUUUUCUUACAGAGAGGAAACUGUAGUGAUGCAGUAUGUUACUUCCAAAAGACAGAGAGAGUUUUUAUGUCUUUUGUGCUCUGUCGUGGAGCAAUUUUUGUUUUUCCUAUUCCGCAAAAGCUUGAUUAAGUGCCAUUAAGCUAGACUUGACUUCCUAUGUGAAUUGAAUGGAUAGGAAUGGGAGAGUUUGGUGAACGGAUGAGACGGUGGAGAAGAGAAUGCUGCAGCUUUAGAAUGAAAUGUAUAUUUGAACUCUGACACUGCUGUGGGUUCUUGCGUGCGCAUGUAUGUGUGCGCACAAGUUGAUACCAUGUGAUGUAUUUUAGUUCACCUGAUUGGUGGACUCCUUUCAUGUGAUUUUCUGAAGAUGUGAAAAGAAUGAAUGAUGGCAGUUUCACAUGUGGAGCAUAGUCUCGACCAACAACCCCCCCCCCCCCCCCCCCUUUCUUUUUUAUAUGCGUGUAAUCGAGUGCUACUCAGAAGAGAUGCUGCCAUAUUUUGUAGAUGUCCAUUCAUGUAUGUGUUUUUAUAGUCACAGAGGAUAGUUUUUCAAUCCUUUAGGUCUACCGCCUAGUAGCUUUUCAUGACCACAGGCAGUCUUUGAAACAUCAUGGGUAGUAUCAUCCUGUCCGGGGCCACUGAUACAUUAAGCUCUCUAAAACUGAAAAUCUAAAAGCCGCCUGCUGAAACCUGUUUAGCGGGCACAAGAAACGGCCAUCAUUGUCCCGCACAAAGGAAAUUGUUCUAAACCCUGCUGUCUUCAGGAGUUGAUCUUUUUUUCCCCGUUUUGCAGAAGGACAAUAAGCAUUACCACUGUGGUCAAAGACUCCCUGAAAGAAAGCGUGCUGUGCCUAUUUUCAGAUGUUAUCCAAUCUCCUCGGAGUGCAUUUGUGUUCACCUUAGGCAAUAGAUAGUUGAAAACGGUUGUAUACAGUAUUUUGAGUAAGCAUCCAUAAGUAGCACCUUUAUUAUUGCGGCCAGGAAAGUGUAGUUUCGCUCUCACAAAGAGGGUACACCACAUAGGUUGGUCUUGACGUACUGUUGCAGUAGAUAUAUUUAUCUAAAUGUUUAAUUAUAUAAAAAUAGAGAACAUCAAUAUAUGGAUUCAUUAAGGUUCAUAUAAGUGAUAUGUGAAAGUUUGGAUAGAAAAUCUGUCAUCUAAUGACCAUACUUAAUACAGGACAUGUGUUAGAAAUGCUUGCCCUCUAAAAUGUAUGCUAAAUCUGUUCAUUUUAAGAUUUAUUCUGAAACAUUGCAGCACUUUUGGUAAAUAAAUGGCCAUUUAAUUUAGUAUGAUGGUAAUAAACAGACUGAACUUCAAACAGAAUUUGGUCAUUUUAGUAGCCUGGAGGCCUGAGCAAGUGAGUUGUGCUGAGUGAACGUGAGAUAUUCUAAAAGUGCCUUGAGCCUUUGGACAGUCUAAGAGGCGUAGAUCAUGACUUUGUAUGUGGAUUUUGUUUCAGAGAUUUCUGAAGGGAUUUUGGUGUGAUAUUGGUGUUGCUAUGGUCACUGUUACUCAUUACUGACAGUACCAAGUUGCCCUUCAUAUUGCGGAAGACAUGAGCUAAUGUCAUGGGAUUGGCAUGGCUGACUUAAUCACCAUGAUCAGUUUCCUUCAUGAAAACAUCCUCCUGAAAAACUAUAAAUGUGAACUAACGACCCAAAGCCUUAUUACUAUAAAUGUAAACAUAUAUUUUUGAUGGAAUUCAAAGCCUAUUUGAAACAAUCAGGAGACUUAUACAGGGCACACAUGGUUGUUCACAAGCAUAUAUGAAGCCAAAUACAUAUACCUAACCACACUAAUAUUCCCUUUCCUUAUAACCUAUAAUUAUUAAAAUAAUAGAAAUUUAAGCAAUAAAAGCAAUUCAUUUUUGUUUUAACAUAAAACAGAAUACAGCUGCCUUGCUAAAAGAAUAGGAAAGCACUUAAGCAUUGGUAAGGAAUCUACAGUAAGCCUCUCACUCUUUCUGCAUGUGUGAUUUGAAAGGAAAUCGUUUUGGAAGGUUGUUGAUUUGUACUUGGAAAGAGUUUAAGCAGUGAAUCCUUUGAAUGCACUACAAAGCACAGUUUUAACUAACUGAAGUGUAGAGGUUUCUUUUUUACUUAUAUGUACAGUAUAACAUGCUCAGUAUCCUUGAGAGACACAUUUAGGUGGUUUGGCUAACCAACAGCUCUUUAUCAUAAGAUGAAUAUAUCAGAAUAGUUUUUUUUUUCUCCGUGGAUGGCACCAGGAAGGAUCUCAAAUGGAAAAGUCAGCUUCUUACAUCUGUGUUUUACUGAAAUCUCUACAGAUCCUAAAAUAAGCUAGCUUGAUAUGUUUUUUUCUCCCACUUGUACAAUUACAAAAUGUUUACAUCUAAAGAACCAAAUAGCAGAUGUGUUUCAAAGUCAGUUUACCUGUUGAGAUACAAAUUGUUUGACGAUUCUGGUGUCUUUGUUUUAUUAAACUUGAACUUUCUUUUUUUAAUCUUGUCUGUGUUCUCAGUGUUCCCGUGAUGCCACCCUUUGGCAUAGUAAAACAUUGGAAAAAAGAACUGAUGUGUCUGUAUGAACUUAUAAAGUGAAACAACAAAAUUAAACAACAAACUAUCCGGG